AUCUCUCGAUUAUGACAAUGUCUCGACGUAGUUACAGCUGUUCGAGCGCGCACAAAAAUUACUAUCAACGAAGAUGUUUGGUCCGGCUUGGAACCUAAUUGUAUGCGUAUGCUUUUUCACGUUAUUUUGCGAGCAAACAUCUUCGGAAUGUACGCAGUUGACACCCUGCUCUUGUAUGUUCCCCGACGGGCAUGGCUAUGAUUUGUCGCCACUUCGUAAAUUGAGCCCGUUGCAGACAAUUAAUGACAGUUACACCUUUUAUUUUCAUCCGUGUACAAACAAGCCACUGUCAGUCAAUGUUACAAGCGAAUGUUUCAAAGGAGAUGGUGUUUCUCUGUGUGCUCAACAUGGCAACACCACAAUUAAUCUAGGUAGAGUGGAGGAUACGCAUAUAGAAGCAGCGUCCGACCAGGUAAAGCCCUCUUUGAUCAUUCAUCAUGAAAACUACACUUCAAGCGUAACUUUAUUUUGUUGUGAUUCCUGUACUUCUUCACACAUUAUUAUGGAAACGAAAAUUGGAAACUCUGAGUUCCGUUUGCUAUUGGUAUCUCCUUAUGCUUGUAAAGUAUCCAUACGUCCUAAAGGCCUUUCCAUUGGUUCAAUUUUAGUUCUCAACUUUUUCAUAAUUACUGGUGUAUACUUUAUUGGUGGAGCAAUGGCAUUAAAGUUUCUGAGAGGAGCAACAGGCUGGGAGAUGGUACCGAAUCAUACAUUUUGGGGAGAGCUUUCUUCUCUCGUUAAAGAUGGCAUAGCGUUUACUUUCAGCUGCUGCCGUAUAGACAGUUACGAUAGAAUAUGAGUUCAUCUUCUCUUGAACGUUUUGUCGUUUGAUCGUGUGGUAGAUGUAAAGAACUCGGAGCUCUCGCGUUCGUCGUAUAAUAUAACCGGAAUGACUCGUUUUGAUUUCGCGCGCAAACGGUCUUGUUUCCUAAGUCGAUUGUAAGCUUCUCCUGCAAAAUACGCAGAAUCAUUGCGCAAGAACUCUAGACGUUAAAAGAAGCAAAAAGGAGAUUAAACAAAGAUUAAAGUCUGAUAGUAGACCUCGUACCAGGGAACAAGUUUGAUAGGAAACAAAACCAGGGAAUUUUGUGAUUUGAUAUUUUAUUAACGACUGGCGAUACAAAAAUAUAAAUACUUAAACAUACAUAUAUUUUGUAUACUUGUAAUUUUCUAUACAUGUAUGUAAAAUUUUUAAAGACUUUCAAUUACAUGGGAGCACGAUAGAAGUUUACCUCGUUGUUUUCGAGUCGAAUAAAAUAAA